CUUCAUCUUAAUUAUUCAAAAGGAUUCAGUUGUYGAAGUCCUUUUUCKUUUACGAUCAAAUAGAAAAAUUCCAAGUGGAGCUUGCCACUGGAGUUAAACCAUGAAGCUAGCGAGCAUCGCGUUGUUGCUUCUACUGUGUGUCUUUGUAGAUGCUAUAAGAGAUUUCGUGCCAAAUGACCCACCAAGCAACACUGAGAAAAAAGUGACCAAGAAAGCAAAAAAAGACCCUGAAGGAGACGUUGAAAACGAUGACAAAAACACCCAUGCUGAUGGACAAAAGGUCACAGAAAAGCCCUUGGGAGUCGAGGGACUAAAACCCAUUAAAAAGACUAAAAAAAACUACGAAUCAAAGCACAAGGAYGACAAAGUUGAGAACACUGGUAACGACAACCCUGACAAAGUGAGUCCGUCUGAGGCGAAAAUGGAUAAAUCAGAGGAUUUGAACCAAGAGAAUGCGUUCAUAGAUGUAGACCCUGAGAUGGGUAAGGAUUACGGGGAAGAAGAGGAUAACGACUAUGAUAGUGUACAUGGAUACAUGCACACUGAUCAAAACCCAAUUGAAGACGAGGCUAAUUCCAUAACUGAUAUMGACUUGAACCACGAUGACGUCACAGUCAACCACGAUGACGUAGGAACAGGAAAGUGAUUCCAAAUAUGGACAAUUAAAAAUGACGAAACUCUUUAGUAUGAAUCUAGGAAUUCAUACCUACCAUUAAUAUGAACUUACGUAAACAUUAGUAUCGUAUACGAUAACAUAAACAAAAACAUAAAUUCACGUAAGUUGUAACUGAAAUAUUCACUAGUAAAAACACUAUACAUAAUACAAUUURUACUAAUCAUAAUACAUAUUAUAUGUAUCAUACAGUUUAAAAACAUAUUACGAUGUUAUAGUGGAUAGUGGAGCGUAGGAAUGUAUUGAGGACAUCAAUUCAAGACCAUUAUACAGUUAUUUAGAAUUAAAUGUAGGCUUUUGAAAAGACCAAAGUAUACUGAUUUUGCAAUUUUGAUAAUUAACUGUAUAAAAUAUUGAAAUAUUUGCACGUGUGUACAAAUAGAAUUGGCGUACAGUUACCUUCUGGACGUCUACUCUAAAUAAUGGAACUAGUAACACUUCACAUAUUGGAAUAGCUUUUGAAGCAAUAUUUGAAAUUAAUGUGACUAAUGUGUAUUUUUGUGAUGAAAUAAACUUCAUUUUUCUUUA